AUGGCUAAGGCAAGGCCGUUGGAGAAUGGAAAGGAUGAAUGGAUGGAUGGGAUAUAUAAAGCUGAAAGAGAAACCACUAAAGUUGAGGCAGGUGGGGUGCAUGAAAAUACAGUCCAAGAAGCAGCAAUAUAUCCUUGGACAAUAUACGGCAGGUUACCCUUACCUUACAGCAACUAG